AUGGCGGUUCCAUUUACAACACUGUCGAAUGUUGGAUCGUUUUCAGGCCCACGAAACCUCUCCCCGAACAAAAUUCUCUGCCCUCCGUGUACCUCUGCUAAGCUUCCAAAAUCUACAUUUCUUUCACAUCCGUUGUCGUCGAGCUUGUUGUCCGGCAGGUCUUCAACCAACGGUUCGCUUGGAACAAGUAGAAACCGUGGACUUUGGGGCUCGGUUCGGGCCACUGCUCAGGAAGUACCAUUACAAUCCAAAGUGACCCAGAAAGUGUAUUUUGAUAUAAGCAUUGGGAAUCCGGUAGGAAAGCUUGCCGGCAGAAUUGUGAUUGGAUUGUUUGGUGAUGAUGUGCCCCAAACUGCAGAGAAUUUCCGUGCUCUCUGCACAGGAGAGAAGGGCUUCGGCUACAAUGGUUCUACAUUCCAUCGUGUCAUCAAGGAUUUCAUGAUUCAAGGAGGAGACUUUGAUAAAGGGAAUGGAACUGGUGGUAAAAGCAUAUAUGGCCGGACAUUUAAAGAUGAGAACUUCAAUUGUAAGUUGGUCCUCCCCCCCUACUUAGAUUUGCUAGAUGUUGGAACCCAUGGUUGUUAUCUUGGGUGUCUUCCAUUCUGA